GUAGGGAGGAACAUAAAGAAAAAUGGCACUGUUGUUGCCUUCAGGAAGCUUAAUAAAUCAUCACCAUCAUGAUCUGCCAUACACUGAGCCCUUCACAUGUGGCAGAUAGUGAGCUGACUGCUUUACAUGCUGUCACUUAAUGCUUUAGCCAACCCUAUGUUGUUAGUGCUACUGAGAACACUGAGCUUUAACCAGGUAGAAACUUGCCUGAGUCUAGUAGGUAUGGAGCUGAAUUCACACCAGGCCUGAGUCCGGUGGUUAACUCUUAACUGCUGGACUGCUUAUUUAUCCAGUAGUGUUACACACCAGGCCCGGCUCCGGCCUUAGGUGGAGGAAGGGAUGAACAGGUGAAAAAGGUAGGGUCACUGCCCCAAGUUGCUCAUACUUCACAUCAGGUAAAUAACUAAUGGCAGAGAAUUUAUUCAGUAUAUGUCUGAGGAGGUGUACCCAAAGUGUGGUAUGACGGGCCCGGGGAGCAAGGAAGGGAAGGAGGGGUGGCCCAGGAGCCUGAGUGGAUAGAAUGGGUUUUGUUCCAUGGGCGGUGCGAGGCAGGCCAGGUGGUGCAGGCGGUGCUGGCAGCAGUGUGAGGCAUUGGGACGCAGGACCUGGGGCCUGCUCUGCUGUUUCUUUCCUGCCACUGCCCCUCUCUGGGCCUCAGUGAAUGAUCUCCCAGAGGCCCUCUAGCUCCCCAGCCCUGAAAUUCCCUGAGUUUGGGGAAGUGUGAACAAAGGCUCGGCUGAAAGUUGUUCAGAGGCUGUCACCAUCAUCGUAGGUUCAAAUCAAAAUGGGGAGUCCAGGUAGGGGAGGGAGAAAGAUGGAGACAACUUAACAGAUGUCUCUGUGUGAGAGAGAACUUGAUUUCUGUUGGUAAAAAUAGAAGUGAAGAGGUGUUUGAGAUGGGGAGUGGUGUGGCCAAAGCUGUUUUAGAGGCGCUUUCUCAGGGCCUGGAGUAUCACAGGGGGGAAACCUGCCUGGAGCCUGUUAGGGCCACACCAUUGACUUUUUUGACCCCCCGGCCAUCAGCAAACUCUCCUUAGAGUCACAGUGGGUCCAACAAGGAAUACUCAUGGCCCCUGCUCAGAGCACCUUAUGCUUUGUCCCCCAAACCAAGGGAGGGAUCAGCUUCGCAGUCUGAUCUUCACAGCUGUGCUCUCUCAGGCCACUGGGACCCUCAUUACCAUCCCAGAUUCACAGUUGAAGGAACUGGACCAGAGGUGAAGUAACUCUCCUGGUUCACGCUGCAGCACCCACCAUGCCGUGGCCUCUGCUGCUGCCCCCACUGCUAUUGCUGGCCAUGAGCGGAGUCCAGACGACCCGGCCAUGCUUCCCUGGGUGCCAGUGUGAGGUGGAGACCUUCGGCCUCUUUGAUAGCUUCAGCCUGACGCGAGUGGAUUGCAGCGGCCUGGGUCCUUCCAUUGUGCCCGUGCCCAUCCCUCUGGACACGGCCCACCUGGACCUGUCCUCCAACCGGCUGGAGACCGUGAAUGAGUCCGUGUUGGCAGGGCCGGGCUAUACCACGCUGGCCGGCCUGGAUCUCAGCCACAACCUACUCACCAGCAUCUCGCCCACUGCCUUUUCGCGCCUUCGGUACCUAGAGUCCCUUGACCUCAGCCACAAUGGCCUGGCAGCCCUGCCAGCCGAGAGCUUCGCCAGCUCACCACUGAGUGACGUGAACCUCAACCACAACCGGCUCCGUGAAGUCCCGGUGUCUGCCUUCACUACCCACAGCCAGGGCAGGGCACUGCACGUGGACCUCUCCCACAACCUCAUCCACCGCGUCGUGCCCCACCCUGCCCGGGCCAGCCUGCCCAUGCCCACCAUUCAGAGCCUGAACCUGGCCUGGAAUCGGCUCCGCACCGUGCCCAACCUCCGGGACUUGCCCCUGCGCUACCUGAGCCUGGAUGGGAACCCGCUGGCUGUUAUCGGCCCAGGUGCCUUCACGGGGCUGGCGGGCCUGACACACCUGUCACUGGGCAGCCUGCAGGGCCUCCCCCAAUUGGAGCCCUAUGGUUUCCGUGAGCUGCAGAGCCUGCAGGUCCUGGACCUGUCAGGCAACCCCAAGCUCAAGUGGGCAGGAGCUGAGGUGUUCUCCGGCCUGGGCUCCCUGCAGGAGCUGGACCUGUCGGGCACAAGCCUGGUGCCCCUGCCUGACAUGUUGCUCCUCCACCUCCCAACGCUGCAGAGCGUCAGUGUGGGCCAGGGUGUGUGGUGCCGGCGACUUGUACGGGAAGGUGCCUACCCCCGGCAGCCUAGCUCCAGCCCCAAGGCGGCCCUGCAUUGCAUAGACACUUGGGAACCGGCUGCCAGGGACCCCCACACCUUGUGACAAAUGGUAUGGCCUCGGGCCACAUAACAGACUUCUGCCCUGGGUUGACUCAAGUCCUGGGUAAUUUAUAUUUUUAUGUGCCAAUGCCAGUGGGAACUCUGCAGGCCUAUGUGGCAACGUCAUUAAAAGACAGCUAUAGAGCUGGGGAGAGGCUUUGGACCUGGGAACAACACCCAGGAGCAAAGCCUUGCCCCUUUGUCUGCGUUGCUCCCAAACCGUAAGCAGAGGGUCUUCGAUGCCAAACCAGACAGCAGUCCCCUGCUGUUCUUCCCCACUUGACCCCAAAGUGCCUUCCCUCAGGUCUGGCCCAACCUGAUCAUGACAGGAGGAGGGUCAGAGGUCGGGUCCACGGCUGAGCGCCCCCUUAGACCCACGGUCCAGUCACUCAGGGGCAUGAGUUUCUUUUGCUCUGGGCACAUGAGGCCCUUUUAUCCUUUUCUCUUCCCCUUGAACCUUGGGUAGAACUUUUGUUAUAGAAAAGACUGGGAAAAAAAAAUCAAGUCCACCUCCAUGUAACAAAGGAGGGAACUGAGGCCUAGAGAAGGAAAACUGCUAAUCGGAGGUACUACAGCGGAGGCAUGUCUACACCCAGCGUCUGGCCUCCCACUUGGGCCCCUUUGCACUUUGCUGUCUUCUCUUAAUCAUGCCCUUCCUCUCCCCAGCUGGGCUCCCCCUUGCUGCCAUUUGUGUUCUUUCCUUGUUAUCCCCAGAAGGACAGGCAAGGGCCUCAGCGGUGGGACCCUGGGCCUAGUGACCAACUGUGGCACGGGCCAGGUCACUUCAUCUCUCAGCCUCUGGUAGCUUCAGGCGUGCCAAUCCAGCCUUGCCAGUUUCCCACUCUGGGGUGGGGUCCCCCAGCCUCAGGACUGGAAAUGUACCCACUGAUUCUUGAGGCACUGCCUCUGAUGCCCCCCCAAGAUGCUGAUGCAGUCCUGGAGGCCCCACCAGCCCUGAACCCAUACAGCCCACACAGCCUGUCUCCCCUGACGGAGAAUGCAGCGGGAGUAGGCAGGCAGCUCCCAGCCAAGUUUAUGCCCUCCCACCAGCAUGGCAUCUCAGACUCCCAGCCAUGGGCUCUUAGUCCUCUUUUUAUACAAGCUGUUACCUUUUUAAUGGACUGUCACUUUCAACCAGCCCUCCACCCCUGCUGGCAGGGGAUGGCAACGUGUCAUUUGUAAAAGAGAAAAAGUUGUAUUUGGUCACUUUUGUAAUAGUGUGUCCUGGGGAUGUGUUGGGGGAGGAGGUGUUGGGUGGAAGCGAGCCAUCAAGCGGCUACGUGGGCAUCAGGAGGCCGGUCCCACAAAGAUGCCCACAGGACAACGAAAGCUCUGUUCUCCACCACCAGCCUCACCCAAUACCUAACUGGUCCUUGGCUUAAUAAACAUAAAGAGUCCCUCUUUCUAUCA